AUGUACGACUCACUGUUUUUCUUUCUUGCUUUAUUUUGUCGCUGUUCGUUCUUUCAUUUCUCAUUGUCCUUCCUCUUUCUCAAAUUCCACCUCUUAUUUUCCAUUUUACUUCCGCUUUUUUCUCCGUCUUUUCUUCAUCUUUCUUACUUUCUUUCAUCCUUUCCCCCAUUUCUUUCUUUUUUUUCUCUUACUCUCCUUCACCCUCUUUCGACAUCUCUCAUUCUUUCUCUUUCUCUUAUUCUUCAUUCUCUGCCUUCUUUACCACUCUCUUUUGACUCCUUUCUCACUCCCCUUUCUCCUUUACUUCCUUCUUUCUUCAUCCUUCUACCCCCCCUUCGUCUUUCUCUCACUUUCUUUCUCCUUCUCUCAUCUCUACUUUUUCUCCACCCUUUUUUUUCACUCUUCUUAAUCUUUCCUUCUCUCUCUCUUCUCACUCUUCUCCCCUUCAUACUCCAUAUUUCUUUCUUUCUUUCUUUCUUUCUUUCUUUCUUUCUUUCUUUCUUUCUUUCUUUCUCCUUCUCUCCCCUUCUUUCCCACUCUCAUUUCCCUUCUUUCUCUAUCUUCUUCUUCCUUCUGUCUUCUUUCUUUCUCACUCUCCUCUCCCUUGUCCUCUUUUUCUCACCACUUCUUUUUACUCUCCCUAAUCAUUCAUUCUCCCUCUCUCGCUUCUCUCUGGUUUUCUCAACCAUUUAUAUCUUGUAG